AUGCCACCUUCCACUCGCUCUCAGAAGCCUGCUCCCAGCGCUAGCGACGUCGAGGAAGACGUUGAGCACAAGUCGUCGAACACCUCCUCUCGCAAGAGGCGUGACUCCUUCGCCGACGCCAUGCUCGAGGCCAAUCACGAGGACUUCCUCGCCGAGGAGGCUGAGCGUCUUGCCGCCGCUAACAAGCCACGUUCAAGCGCUCGCACGGCGAAACUGAAAUCGCAAGAGAAGACUAAAGAGAUUGCUGGUCAGGGCAAGCGGGCGCGCAAGGCCGUUGCCGAUAGCGACAACGACGGCGAGCCGCCGAACAAGAAGGGCCCUGGCGCUGCUGGCAAGACGGCCAAAGCCGACAAGAAGAACGCCGGCACCAAGGCCGGCAACAAGGCCGGCACCAAGGCCGGCACCAAGGCGAGCACCAAGGCCGGCACCCAGGCCGGCACACAGGCCAGCACUAAAGGCAAGAACGCCGGCGGCAAGGGCAAGCAGAAGGUC